AUAAACCUCUCCAGAGCCGGAUGCUGCUUCUCUUUGGUCCAAAGCGACAUGGUUUCACCUUGGGCGCAAUGUGGAUGUAAACAAGCGAGUGUGAAACGUUAAAAACUAAAAAAAUAUCCGCUGAGAUCCAGCAGGAAACAGACAUGGCGUUCAGGGUGUGUGCUCGGUGGUUGUGCAGAGACUCCGCCGUCCUCUGCAGACGGGCCGCCGGGUCUGCUCCACGGGAAAGUGCGUCACGGUUUCUCGGUGCGGGAAACGCCGCCUGCAGCCGAGGAGGGAGGAACGGAUUUAUCUUCACUCCUGCUUGUUUUAUUACAUCAGAGGCAUUUCUCAACAGACUGAUGAAAGGCAAAGCGGCAGAGGCAGAGGCAGGCGGCGGAUUUUAUCGCCUUCCAGCUUCAGUUCCUCCGGACAGCGGUGAGCAGUUAUCUCUGCUAAUGAGACAUCCAGAUCAGCCUGACAACUCAAAGGUUUUGAAAGUGGCCAUAAUCGGUGCUCCAAACGCCGGGAAGUCCACGUUGUCCAACCAGCUCCUUGGCAGGAAGGUGUUUGCCGUGUCCAAGAAAGUACACACGACGCGGACUCGUUCGAUGGGCGUCCUAACAGAGGAUGAUACACAGAUAAUUUUAUUGGACACUCCUGGUCUCACCACGGCUUCAAAGGUUAAAAGACACCAGCUGGAGAAGUCUUUGCUCGUGGAUCCCUGGAACACAGUCAAAGAAGCUGACCUAAUGGUAGUCAUGGUGGAUGUGGCAGACAGAUGGAUGUGCAAAAGACUCGACUUUGAGGUGCUCAAAUGCCUGGCUCAGCACCCUGACAUCCCUGCCGUCCUGGUCCUCAAUAAGGUGGACUUGUUUGGGGUUAAGGACAAGUUGUUGGAUAUCACAGCAGAGUUGACAUGCGGAGUGGUGAACGGACGGAAAAUGCGGAUCAGGCCAGUGAUCAAGCCUCCGUGGGCUGAAAAGAGGCCAGAGAGACAUUCAGAGGUACCACUUGACGAGGACAACGCAUGGCCCGAGGGCAGCGCUGAUCCAAACUCUCCGCUGAGCAAAGAGGAGCUGAAGGCACUGAGGAGCCAACAGGGCUGGCCUCACUUCAAGGACGUCUUCAUGCUCUCCUCUGUGGACCCAGAGGACGUGGAGACACUGAAGAACUACUUCAUGGUUGCAGCCAAACCGGGGCCGUGGCAGUAUCACAGCGAGGUUCUGACUGACCAGAGUCCCGAGGAGGUCUGCACCAACAUCAUCCGAGAGAAGCUUCUGGAGAAUCUGCCACAGGAAGUGCCGUAUUCACUGACACAGACUGUUGAAUUCUGGCAAAAUGGUGAAAACUCUGAGCUCGAGGUUUUUGUGAAACUUUAUGCCAAGAAAGACACUCACGUGAGGAUGGUGAUCGGGACGGGCGGCCAGAUGGUAUCGCAGCUCGCCCGAGAGGCUGCCGAGGACCUGAGCCGGGUCUUCCUGAGGGAAGUAAAGCUGAGACUCUCAGUCAAGCUGAAGAAGUGAAGAGGAUGGAAGGACUACAAGGGUGAAAUCCUGAAGAGACGAAGAGGUGGCGACUGAUCCUGCUGGAUUUUGAGAUGACUGUGAGACUCUCUGAAGAGUCAGACGUGGGAUAAGAGCUCAUCGUGAGUCAAGCUUGGAGCUGUGAGGUGGCCAGAGCGCCCUCUAAAUGCUGACUUUUGUAUCCUCUGUCUUCAUGCAGACGUUAAGAUUUCUAUGUAAAGAUGCCACCUGAUGGUGGCGUGAAACUGAACUAUAUCCUCCACUGAAGGUGAAGAAAAUAUGUAAAUUAAAAGCCGCUUACACAAGA